GCUCCAUUGACUCGACUCCGUAUAGCUCAUUGUGUGUAGCUACUCUAUCUACGACGAAAAUGUUUACCCGAAUGUUCGGAGUGUCAAAGGAGUACUUACUGCACGGAGUGAGCCGCUCAAGUGACAUUUGGCACGGAAUUUAAAAUUGACAACAAUGUCAACAAUUGUCAAACAAAAAUUUAAAUAAACAAACAACAAACAUAAAAAUUAAAUAACAAUAAUGUAAGAACGUGUGGUAAAAACCUUAAUAGAAACCCUGUAAAAACAGUGUAAACUGAGGAACUCUCCGAAGCAGCAACCUGUUCCAGAAAAAUGAAUCCAGUAAGAGCAACAACUUCGUUUGCAAAAUCAAAAAAACAAAUUAAAACUAAAAAUAAAGGUCAGCAGCAGCCCCCCAAUGCUAAUUCGCAAAACGAUAAUGACAAGGAUAAAGGUUCCCCAAUCAAAGAUUAUGCGGGCAUUAGUCCAGAAUUGACCAGAUAUUUUGCGGAACAAGCUUUAGGCAAUGAAGCUUUGGGCCGUACAAGCCGAGGUACAAACUCAGACCAGGUUAUAACUCAAGAAGCUUGCAACAUACUCACAGAGGAUAUUAAUUAUAGACUAAGACACAUAAUUCAUGAAUGUGUUGUUAAAGGCAGAAAACAAGGUCGUCAUUCUAUCACGGCUGUAGAUGUGGCAGAGACUUUUAAUAGUUUGAAUAUUGAGACUGUUUAUGGGGCUCCUUCUUCGCCAAAUUGGUUGCCUUGUAGAGAUGCUCCUAGAUCGUACUUGGAAGAUCAAAAAGUUAACUUAAUCGAGUUAGCGGAAGAAGAAUUCAAAUACAGUCAAGAAGGUGACAUAGUCAUAGACCAAGUCUGGCUGCCAAACGAAACUGAUUCUCCAGAAGAAGCUGAAGCCAAUCAACUAACCCUAAAUGAAUAUUUUGAAGCUAUGUGUGAAGCUGUGAUAAGUGACCAUCCUCACAUACGCCAUGUGGCUUUACUGGACAUAAGUACCAACCCAUCAAUUGGGCCAAUAACUGAUUGGUUUUAUCAUUUUUCAUAUUUUUUGCUCAUAAAGGAUCUCACCUAUGACAGGCUUACAAUGAGAGCCUUGCAACUGUUGGAAGUUUUGGAAAACAGCCCUUUACCCAGCUUACAUAUUUAUCCCAAGCAAUUAAAACUGAUUGUAAGGCUUUUAUUGCAAAGGCUUUUGAUGUCCAGUGCUAGCGAGGAUAUUGUUAAACAUAUGGCGUAUGUAUUGUCGCUGUUUUGCUUGAGGGAACCGUUGAAAAAUAUGGCUUUAAAUAAGGUGGAAGAUAAAUUCGAUACGGUUUGCGAAAAUAUGGCCUUGCCUUUGUUGAAUAUUAUUUAUUAUUUGGGUAUUGAGGCUGUUAGGAGGAUUUUUGUGCCGAAUGUGAUCUACUUUUUGGCUAGGGUUGUUGAAGAUGAUGAUCCCAGUAUGACUGAGAUUAUUUUGGCCAUUUAUGGAUUAAUAUGUAAGAGCAACCUAAAUAACGGACUAGUAUAUUAUUGUUUUGUGGAAACUUUUGGUUCAUCAAUAAUACCAUACAUUAGACCAAAACAUAAUAAUAAAACAGAAUAUACAAAAGAACUAAUUGACACAGUCCAAAUGCAAAAAAGACUUAUUAAAACCCGCAGAAAAGUUGAUUUCCCUUACAAGAAAACUGAAAAACUAAACACAGACAUAUUUGAAACAACUCCACAUUGUUGCACAGCAAAACCAUCUAAACCAACUUCAAAAAUUCAUAUUGGAGUAUGUUUCGAGCUAAAAAAGAUCCAUCCGUGUUGUAGUUUCAGGGAAAAACUCGAACUUCACAAGAAACUUUGUGAAACUAAUAAAACACGUAGGGAAACGAAAAUUACCAUUGGAAAAACUGAUUCGUUGCUAUCCGUUUUUAAACCCAAACAUAUAAAUUUGGAAGAGUGUAGGGAACAUUCUUUAUUUGGUUUGUACUUGUAAUUGAAAUAAAAUAAUAUAUAAUUUUAAUGAAUUUUUAUUUCAUUCAUUGUGGCAUUCAGAAAUAGGUACAUAAUAACAGCAAUAAUAAAUAAUUAUAAAAAAAAAAGUACAGAAUCAAAAAAGUAAAUUACAUAAAAACUUGCAUUGUAAGUAAAAAGAUUCGCCAAAAACAAACUCGUACAUGCAAAAAGAAAUUCUAAUCCAACAUCCUAUGCCUCAUUCGAUGCCUGGUUAUGUACAAUGGCCUGACACACCUCCGACACAAAUGGCAAUAAGAUUGCUUCUUAUUUUCAGGAACAUCCCUCAAAUCUAUCACUUUAGUGGUGUAAUAUUUUUCUGAAAAUUUUGUACUUUCUACCACAGAAGAGUCUUUGUUGUUUUGGUUCAAAUUAACUCUUUCUAAAACAACCUGUAAUUGUUUAUUAGUAGGUUCUUUGGUAAUUGUUUCAAUCCUUCUCUUUUUGAUGACAAUUUCUGACUCAUCUGAAUCACUUGAAUUUAUAUCAUGGUUUGUUAAGUCUUCUUCAAUUUGUGUGAUAUCUUCAGAAGCUUGGUUAAUUUCUUUAAUUUCACCAGCAAUUUCUUCAGAUGAUAUUUCCAAAACCUCUUGAGAUGGUGAUAGAAUAACAACGCUUUGUUGAGAUUUGGGAUCUAAUGGCAAACUAGUUCUCAAAUUGAAAACAAAACUUUCUGGUGUACUUGGAGGACUUUCAUCUGCAGGCUCAUUUUGUGAAUUUCUAAUGGAUGAAGGAGGACUUUCAAGAAUAUUACUGGGUUGUGUUGGGUUGACCAAAAAAUGACUAGAUGAAGGAUUGAUAUUUUUGCUUUGUCCAUUUGGAUUUUCUAUAAAAGUAGCAUCAGCUGAAUUAUUAUUCGUUGAAAUUUCAUUGAUAAUAACCUCUUCACUAGUAUCUGAUAUAAUAGAAACAUCUGUUGCCUCUUCACUAAACAAACUUUCAAUUUGCAAUGUUGCUGCAGCUUCCAAAAAACCUUGCAAAUUAUUUUUCGAUAGGGAAACUUCACCUUUAUAACAGUACUCCAAUACCAAUGCGAGCUCUUUAGGAGUGACAUCUUGCAAAUAAACAAUUGAAUGGUCUGCAGAAUCAUGUUGGAAAAUAUUUUUAAAAUAACGUGAAGCCAUACACAAACGGAGUUUGUGGGCCUGGAAAGUUUUUCCGCCACAACAAAUAGUCACGUCGCUAAAUAGUUUCGACACAAAGUAUUCUGCGAAUAUUCGUUUCAAGUUGUCAGAGUGGUUGGUUUGUUGAAAGAGUUUCAUUUUUGUUGUUCUGGUCCUUUUGAUGCCCAGAUUCCUCGACAUUUUAUUGUGGAAUCUGAA